CAUCGACAUCACCAACGCGGCUUGGCGGCUUUGUUUCAUGCUGCCGAUAAAGCCGUGAUACUGUGUUCUAUGCAGCCGGUCUGGUCCAAGAAAGACCCUCCGCUGGGAAUGAAUGUGUCGACUUCGCAUUUGCAGCCGUGAUUUGGCUUAAAAAAUAUAGGAGCAAAGACUCUGAUUCGCCCUCGUAUGUCUACUACGCUGAAGCUACGCGCCAUUACAUAGGAAGCAAGCAAGCUGCUGCUCUUCGAGUCGUGCUGCGAUUUGUGCGCGAUCUACUUUGCCGCCGCCAAAUCGUCCCUUCUCAAAGUCUCUUGUACCUUAAUUAGUGGACCAACUUCUUGACAUUACUUGAGUAGUGUACAUGCAAGAUGGCUCAAGCAAAAGGACUUAGUCAAAGCAAAGAAGCCCUGUUGAAAUCUUACACCAAACAACUCAAGGAUGACAUCAAAUCUAUGGUCGACAAUUUUACGGAAAUCAUCAAAUCUACGCGUGUGCCUCUUGAAGAAGAGGGACAGGUAUUGAGACCUCUGCAGGGAAUUCAGGACCACUAUGAAAUGACCGUCCGAGCUGCAAACAUUGUCCGCGCUGGAGAGUCGUUGAUGAAAUUAAUAUCAGACAUAAAACAGUACCUGAUCCUCAAUGACUUCCCGUUUGUGAAUGACUCCAUUGCCCAGAACAGCCAGCGCUACUGUGCUUUUCAAAUGGACUGUGAUCAGCGGUUGAUGGCACUACGGGACGACAUGGCUGCUGAGUUGUACGACCUUGAAGAAGAGUACUAUUCGUCCUGCUAUAAGUAAUAAACUUCACAAUUUCCUGCA